AAUGAAAUCGAUGUUUUACACGAUCUGUCUUUGAAAUACGACACCAUGUAACCGAUGGCAGUAGCGUGACGUCAACACGUCUAGAAUCUAAAACUCUUUCCCUCUGCCUCGACAUGAAUAGUAGCCUGUAAUCCACUGAGUGGACCAGGACGUUGCCUACUCAUCGCCUGCAGUUUUGGCUAUACUAGUUUCUUUUGUUAUUUAAGGUUUAAAAAACAGUGAUGGCAUUUCUCAUGAUCACCACCACUGCCCUGUAUCCAGGCAAUGGAAUGGAGACGCCUUCCAGCAGCAACCACACAUUGGCCACCAACGGAACAGAAGACGAGUACGAUGAGUACUACGAUGACGACGAGCACGCAGAGCUCCGGAAGUCUCUCAACAUCAUGUCCCUCAUUGUUUACUGCUUGGCCUUUGUGCUGGGAGUGCUGGGGAAUGGGGUGGUGAUCUGGGUGGCGGGAUUCAAGAUGAAAAGGACAGUGAACACUGUGUGGUUCCUCAACCUGGCUGUGGCUGACUUCCUUUUCACCGCAUUCCUUCCACUGAGUGUGGCGUACACUGCCAUGGGGUUCCACUGGCCCUUUGGCAAGUUCAUGUGCAAGCUCAACAGCACCCUGAGCUUCCUUAACAUGUUUGCCAGCGUCUACAUCCUGGUGGCGAUCAGCAUGGAUCGUUUCUUGUCUGUGGUGUAUCCCGUCUGGGCCCAGAAUCACCGCAUCCCACGCAAGGCAUCAGUGGUGAGCCUGGGCAUCUGGCUGCUCGCCCUUGCCUUGAGCACCCCCUAUUUUGUCUUCCGAGACACUGCGCCUGCCUACGAUGAUGAGAAGGUGAUCAACUGCUUUAAUAAUUUCGCCCUUUCGGAGGACUACGUUACGCCGGCGGUGGUGGAACUGAGGAUUAACCGGCACCGGGCGAUGAUCAUCACACGCUUCCUCCUGGGCUUCGUGGUCCCUUUCACCAUCAUUGUCUCCUGCUAUGCAGUCAUCAUCCAUCGUCUCAAGAGGAACCGCUCCCUGUCUAGCCGCUCUGGGCGCCCCUUCAAGAUAAUUGCAGCCGUCAUCACUGCCUUCUUCCUGUGCUGGGCCCCUUACCACAUUCUGGUUCUGAUUGAAAUGGUCAACCACAUGGCUACUGAGUAUAGCACCACCCUUGACCACAUCACCACUAUUGGAAUUCCCAUCGCCACCAGCUUGGCCUUCCUCAACAGCUGUCUUAACCCACUGCUUUAUGUGUUCAUGGGCCAGGACUUCAAGGACAAGGUGCGCAAGUCCAUUCUCUCUGUGCUGGAGACUGCCUUCACGGAGGAGGUGUCUCGGUCCAAUUCACAUUCAAAUUCGGCCAUCAACAGUCGCACCAAAGAAAAGUCAUUCUCUGAUGCGGAGGUAUGAGCACUGGCGCCUGGCAACACUUUGCUUGCUGGACUGGAGAUACUUAUGUCAUAAUCACAGGAGUUACAAUGUUCCUAUACGCUCCAAUCAGCAUACCUUUAACUGAAGCACAUCAAUAGUUGCCUUUAAAAGGAUAAAAAAUUUUAAAAGGAGCUCCAUGUGGCCAGGGAAUGGUACAUUAUAACAGUACAGCUUUUACCAAACAAGAACGGCUUGAAAUUGAAAGAUAAGGUAUGCAUACCCAUACAAACAGAGAUUACCGUAUGUUCAGAUACAACAUAAAGCUCUCAACCCUAUUACAAUUGGUGCACUUGAUAACGAUCUGAAAAAAAGGGCUGUAUUAAAUAAUCAACACAGGUAUUGAGCUAUAUUGUGUGCUUUAAGAAAUUGAGUAAUAUAUGGUUUCAUACUAGUACAACUGCUCAAAGACAAUUUCUCCAAUGAGGAACUUUCAUUGGAACCACACCCUAUGGUCAGAUGAGAUCAAGAUGUAGCUUUUCGGCCAGGUGUACCUGUAGUGAAUUUGGAAUCCUAAGAAGAAGACUUAUGCUGAAAAGGAUGCCAUACCUAUGGUGAAAUAUGGGGUUAGAUCUUUGAAAUUAUGAGGUGGUUUUGCAUCCUAGGACUCUUGUUAAGGUCAGUAGAAUCAUAGUAACUCCAGCAUAUCCCAAGAUAUUUUGGCCAAAAACCUGGUUCCCUCUACCAGGAACCUGUGUGAACUUGGCCACAAAAGGAUCUUUCCACUAGACACAGAUUCAAAGCAUACUUCAAAGUCAACCAAGAAAUGGUUAACUAACCAAUAAAAUAAAAUAAUUCUUUAGGUCAUCUCAAUCUCAGACCUGAACCUUAUUGAAAAUGUAUGGUUUGAAUAGAAGUGUGAAGUCCAUAGGCACAGGGCAAAGGUUCUGAAGGGUCAUGAAUUAUUCUUUAUGGAGGAAUAGUCAAAGGUCCCCUAAAAUUUUUCAGUUGUUUUAGCACUGCAAAGGGAGGGUGCACAAAGUAGGCUAAUAGUAGGCUAAUAAAGUUAGUAAUUUGAGGAAAAUAAAAUGAUUACUUAUUUAACAAAACAUUUUCCCUGAACAAUUGUGUUAGUAUGAAAGAAUAUGAUUUUCACAUUUAUAGCGUAUACAGUUAUUUUGGAGGGUGGCAAUCAAUUUGGAGAGCAAUGUAUGUUGUAUAUAUAUAUUUUACACUCCAAAUACAUCUUUUGCUGUAAAUCGUCAUGUAUAAGCUUGUUCAUUUUAGUUGAUAUAGUUUGACCUGCUCAAUUUUAAUGCUAUAUGUUGCUGCUGCAGAAUUGUUAUUUGUUGCCAUGUUUGUUGUCUUUAACAUUGAUGAAGGAAGCUUUUUUAUUAUUCAUUUUAAAUGUGAUAUGUCAUUAAAAAUAAAUAAAUAAAUAAACUGUUAAAAGAACUGGUCUUGAGUGAAUGAGUGCCACAGUAAAAUCAAGUGCUGGAUUAACUAAGAAUUAGGUUCUUUUUAUCUGCUGCAUAAAUAUUUCAAUCACUGUCUAAGCUUUGACUGUUUUUGCAUUAUUUGCACUACAAGAUAAUUAUGAGAAUGUGAAGUGCAUUUAGCCUGUAUUGCAAAGGGGAUCUUUCCAAUUCAUAUUAAAAGCAAUUUUUAAAAAUAUUAAUGAUAUGGAUGCUAAUUCAUGCAUUUAUAUUUCAAAAGGAUGUUUUUUUAUAUGUAAAAGAACCCUUAAAGUAUAUCAAAAAAGGAAAAGUGGUGGCCAGGGGUUCGAGUCCCGACCACUGCACUUCCUGUACUAUGAUGCCAUCUCUAUCUGAAGCCCUCUUUCCUUUCCCCCUAUCUGGUGAAGUGAAGCAAUAUGUAUGUAAGGUGGACUGCUCUUAUUAAAAAAAACACCAGAACCAAAAGUGUAUCACCAAAAUAAUUUUAACUUUUAUUGCGGUGUCAUGCCAAAAAUUUAAUUUGACCCUUUUUUAAUAUAUUUUUUUCAUUUGUUCUGCUCAUUGACUGUUUUUUAUUGUUGUAAUUCCUUCUGAUUUCUUGUUGAUCUCUCUCAUUGAUUGAUCUGAUUUCUUAUUGAUUCUUUGAUCUCUGUUGAUCCUGAUUUCUAUUGUUAUUGAAUCAAAGCUGCAUGCCCCCAAAACCCCAAUUCACGUCUGUUGACAUCGAUCAAUAUUGCUGGUGGAACUCCUGAUUAAUUUCUUGUUGAUUUCCUAUUAAUUCAUUGAUUUUUGAUGACCCUGAUACACCGACCAUAUGCAUACACACACUUAUACUCACUCACCAAUCAUAUAAAUACAUACACACACACAAAUAUACACACAGAGCUCCCAUAUAAUUUAACGGUCCAGCAACAUCUCAAUACCAUCCCACACAUCCUCUCAUGGGGCCUCCAACCCCCUCUGGUCAGGACCGUAAGACAUAUGGCCCAUCAAAAAACAUAAGACAAUGUUAGAACUACUGUGACCCUUCACAAGGCUGAGUCUGGCAGCGGGUAGCGGCGCAAUCAAGCCCCCACACACCCAAGGGAACCUCCCUGGGGGAGAGCUAAACCUAUCUGGUGGGGACUCCAUUGCUGACACCCAGGUAGCAACAGUGCUGGCAAUACUACCUGCAGUGACCCAUGGGCAGAACCAUCACACUGGACCAACUGCAUGCAGCUGCUUCUGGGAGGAGAAUCUCAGUCGGUAGCUGGUGUGUGGGGGUACAGGGGUGACCCUAUUUCAGUUGCCCCCCCCCCCCCCCCCCCCCCCCCGCCACACACACACAUCCUCAAUAAUCUCUGCUAGCAUUCACACAUAGGCACCUACACACAUACGUGCAUACACGCACGCACGCAUACAGACAUGACAGAUAUAUGCCUUGGCCUGCCCAUAACCCUCCCUCCCACACUCAAGGAACCCUGACUCCUCUCCUCUACACCCAUAUAACUGCACCCCCAUAUACAUGCAUACUUCACAAUAUAUUUUGACUGUCAUGAUUAACCUUGCCUAAUUUGUUAUUAAUAUAUUAUAUUUGUAAUCACUUUUUGUCUGUUUUGCUGCCUUGUGUAAUGUUUUAUUACUCUGUUAUGUAGCCACUUUUUAAUGCACAAUAAAAAAGAAGGAAAAAA